CGUCUUGAAUGAUGAUGCUAGGUGCUUGUGUACGUGCUACAAAGCAGUUGAUCAGACGAAACAGCUGUAGACUCUCUUCUUGCACUUAUAGUAAACGUUUUACGCUUCAGCGGGCAUUUCGGCCAUUUGUUUCCGUCUGUAGCAUUAGACAGUUUUCAGACAAACCUCCAAGAGGGUUUGACAAACUCACAUCUGACAACUCGAAGGAUGAUAGAGGCGGGUCGCCUAAUCAAGGAGAUGAAGACUGGCGUAACUACUUUUCGAAAAACACUUUGAUUACUGUUGGUGUUGCUGCUGUUGUUGGCUACAUUCUGUUGAGGAGGCAACAGCAGGCGAAUGAAAUUAACUGGCAGGAAUUCAAAGUUCAUUAUUUGAAUAGAGGAGAGGUCGAGAGAGUUGUUGUUGUCAAUCAGAACUAUGUUCGUGUCUAUCUGAAGGCUGAUGCUGCAUUAUCUACACAGCAAUAUUUGGGUUUUCGUAUCGGGAGUGUCGAGUCAUUUGAACGCAAUCUGGAGGCUGCACAGAAAGAACUGAAUAUUGACUCGGCUAGUUAUCUUCCUGUCACUUAUGUCAGAGAAAUGGAAUGGUUAAAGGAACUGUCUAAGCUAACUCCCAGUUUACUCCUUAUUGGCGCUUUCAUCUUCUUGAGUCGGCGUGUUUCAUCAAGUGUUCGAGGGCCAGGGGGCAUUUUUGGAAUUGGACAAUCAACAGCAAAGUUUAUAAACAAGGAGACAAAUAUUAAAACAAAAUUUGCUGAUGUUGCUGGUUGUGAGGAAGCAAAAAUUGAAAUAAUGGAGUUUGUAAAUUUUUUGAAACAUCCUAAGCAGUAUCAAGAACUGGGGGCAAAAAUACCAAAAGGUGCUAUAUUGUCUGGUCCUCCUGGAACUGGCAAGACAUUAUUGGCUCGAGCUGUUGCAGGAGAAGCAGGUGUUCCUUUUCUCAGCAUUUCUGGAUCAGAAUUUCUUGAGAUGUUUGUUGGUGUGGGACCCGCACGAGUUCGAGACUUGUUUUCAAAUGCUCGUAAGAAUGCACCGUGUAUUAUCUUUAUUGAUGAGAUCGAUGCUGUUGGUCGUGCACGAGGACAAGCUGGAAGGUUUGGAGGACACGAUGAAAGGGAAAACACUCUUAAUCAGCUGCUAGUAGAGAUGGAUGGAUUUGAACAGGCUACGAAUGUCGUUGUCCUGGCGGGAACCAAUCGACACGAUAUCUUGGACCCUGCCUUGCUACGUCCUGGCAGAUUUGAUAGACAAAUAGCAAUCACUCCUCCAGACAUUAAAGGCAGGUGCUCAAUAUUCAAAGUUCACUUGAAGCCAGUAACUACAGAUCUUGAUCGUGAUCAGUUGUCAAGGCAGUUGGCUGCUCUGACUCCGGGAUUUACUGGUGCAGACAUUGCAAAUGUUUGUAAUGAGGCUGCCCUUAUUGCAGCAAGACAUUUGGAACGGAGAGUGGAAAGGAAGCACUUUGAGCAGGCUAUUGAGAGAGUUAUUGGAGGGUUGGAGAAAAAGACACAGGUUCUUCAUCCAGAUGAAAAGAAGACUGUUGCUUAUCAUGAAGCUGGUCAUGCUAUUGCUGGCUGGUUUCUAGAACAUGCAGAUCCACUACUGAAGGUUUCUAUUAUUCCACGCGGUAAAGGCCUUGGGUAUGCACAGUACCUUCCUCGGGAACAAUAUCUUUACACAAAAGAGGAAAUGUUUGAUCGGAUGUGCAUGACUUUGGGAGGUCGAGUGUCUGAGGAGAUGUUCUUUGGUAAAAUAACAAGUGGUGCUCAAGAUGAUUUGGCCAAAGUAACCAGAAACGCUUAUCAACAGGUUACUGUCUUUGGAAUGAGUGAGAAGAUCGGCAAUGUUUCAUUUGACUUACCUCGCGAUGGGGAGCCAAUAUUUGAGAAGCCUUACAGUGAGGCUACUGCACAGCUGAUCGACGAGGAGGUGCGUGGAUUGAUAUCAAGAGCAUACAAACGGACACAAGAACUGUUGCUGGUACAUAAGGACAAGAUUGAGAAGGUUGGCCAACAUUUAUUGGAGCGGGAGGUUUUGAAUCGAGAUGACAUGAUCGAACUGCUUGGUAAACGACCAUUUCGUGAAAAGUCAACAUAUGAGGAGUUUGUCGAAGGAACUGGAAGUGAAGAAGAGGACACUACCCUUCCUAAAGGAUUGGAAGGAGUUUUGAGAAGCAUGCCAUCAACAUUACUGUAACAAGAGAUAACUAUAUUGCCAUGCUAAAAUGUAUAAAUAUUACAGGUGCUGAUAGUGAGCACAUUCCUUUGUAGUGAGAAUCAAUGGAGGUACAAAUUUA